UUUAUCUAGGUACUUAGCCUGCUAUAAUGAUGAAAAUAGAAAUCUAGCAUGCUGUUGUGAAAUUGACAAAAUUAGGAAAAGGUAAGCUGAUCAGAUGGAGAUUGGCAUUAGGAGCCUAGCAUGUCCCACACGUACCGAAUGCACUUUAUGAAUGCCCUGAAGAGUGAGUGCGUAGGGUGUUGUGAUGAGAUGCCACUCACCAUGGGACUUGCCCAGCCUGGCAUCCUACCCCACAGGACAUGACACCAGAAGGACUGUCACCAAACAAGAUGAGAUUUUCAGGAGGCCUAUUUAGAAGAAGUGAUUUAAUCUGUAAAAGAUUAGAGGCUCCUUUAGGAAAGGAAGGCUUGGGAGGACUUGUCCUCUAGUUCUGACCUGAGCCCUACCAAAGCCAGUCGGACUUGUUGCCUUGGAAUUCAGGGGCUCUGUGCUCUUCCAUCCCAAUGGCCCUGUGGGAGUAUCUAAGAACAGAUGUAGAUGUAGGGACCACAGAGUCCAUGGGGGCCUCAACUGCUCCUUCCCCCCACUUACCACAUCCCAUUGGCCACCCAGACCUCUUGACUCCACCUCUAAAUAGUUCUAGAAUCUCUUCACCUGUGCCCACUUCUUCUGCCAUCGCCCUGGUCCAAGAUGCUGCCAUUCCUUGCCUGGGCUGUAAUGACUCUCCCAAUCAGCCUUCACGUAUCCACUCCACAUCCCUCCUCUUCCAAUUUCAUUCCCCACAAGCAGCUAAAGUCAUCUUUUUAAAAAUGCAAAUCAGAUCACGUCUCUCUCAACCUUCUAGAUUUUAACUUUCAUGAUUUCCUAUGGCUUGUUGGGAUGAAGUCCCAAAUCUCUAACCUGGCCCAUCAAGUCCUAUUCUUCAACCUCAACUCCAGAUUGUUCUAGCCACCCUGCUUUCCUUCCAUUUCUUGAACACACAAAGAAGCUUUUCCUAGCUGAGGGUAUUUAUGCCUGCUGUCCCUUAACAUACUUCCCACCCACCUUUCUGCUAGGUCUGUCCCACAGACCCUGGCCAACGGAUGAAAGGAGUGCUCAGACACAGGUAUGUGGUUUAGGAGCAGCUAGGUCACUGCCCGGCUCUAGUGGCCAGAGAGCAACCCCGAGAAGCUGGAGCUGCUUGCUUUAAUUCAGUGCAGGCACAAUGCCAAAAACCUGGAGCAAACACAACCUGUAAGCAAUUAACGCUUACUAUUCCCCUUUCAGGGAACUUCACAGGCACAGAUGAUCAAAGGUCAGUUCCUGGUCAAUAUAAGUAAACAAGCCAGUUUAAGAUAAAUUCCCCUACACUCCUUUGUACCUACUCCUUGUCCCUCUGCCUCAGGGUUAUAGAAGAGCUGCCUUCAGCUAUUCUUCCCUGGGGCUCUGCAGAAACUUCCAACUUUUCAGAAGGUGUACAUCUUUUCCCUAUAGUUUUUUCCCACCACUCUGACCAAUCCUCCAUGCCUUUCCUUGGGUUGCUCCUAUUCACCCUGUGGACCCAACAUAAAUGUAAUUUCCUUUCUCUCAUCUUCUGUGCUGGUCUUGUUGCUCUAGGCUCCCUAUAGCAAGCCUUUUGUAUGUCUUCAUGUCUUCACCAGAGCACUUACCCCACUUGUGAUCCCAUAAUUAUUGUUGUAAUUUCUGUCCACUUUCUCUCCUCUCCACUACCUAGUAAGGGCUGAGUUCAUCACCCUAUCCCAGCACAAAGCACAAAGCUUGGCACAUGGUAGCUGUUGCUUAUUGGACAAUGCAUCUAUGAAUGAAUCUGGCUUCUGCUUCCAUCCCUCCACUGGGACUGCUAUGACUGAGUUCACCUGUGACCUUCUCAUUGAUAAGUCCAGGGUUUCUUCUCUGGAAUGUCUGACACGUGUACAACAUUUGAAUGUGCUGUCAACCUCUAGUUCUUUAAACGUUCUCCAUCUUUUCUCAUCCUUUGGUUUGAGACAACAUCAUUUCCUUUGUGUUCUCUCUAAGCACUGCUUCUGAGCCUCCUUUGCUGACUUGCUCUGAGUGUCCAUUAAAUGUCAGUGUCCUGCAUUAUUCCAGCCCUGUUUUCCCUGCUCCCUCUGCACAGUCUGUGAGCAGUCUUAAUUAUGUCUGUGACUUCAACUCUCAUAUAUUUACACUGGUGAAUCCCACGCCUAUAUGUCCAGCCCCGUAUCCACUCCUGAGCACCAGAUAUUUCUCCCACUGCAUCCUAAAUGCCUCCACCCUGAUGUCCCAGGGAAGCCUCAAACUUAACAUUUCCAAGUGGAACUAAUUCUCUUCCUUGCCAAACCUGUUCUGCCUCUAGCAUUUACGGUCUGGCUAAAUAAUGUCACCAUCUACCUAACCUCUGAAGCCAGAUGUCAUGGAGUCAUCCUAGACACCCCUGCCAGCUCAGUACCCAUGUUCAACUGUCAUCACACUCUGUCUCUUGGAUCUGUCCCUAUCCCUCCUCUCUCUGCACUGCCACUGCCUUAAUACAGCCCCUGCUGUACUUGUUGGGGUCAUGGAAUCAGCCUCUUCCCUGGGCUUCCUUCUUCCAUCUUCUUCUCCAUCUAGUCUAUUACUAGCACUCAUGCCAGAGUUCUUGUUACAGAGAACAAAGCCCAAUCAAGCCACCUCCCUGCCUCACCCCACACCUUUCUCCCUCAUGCCCAUACAGUAAAGCCCAUCCUCCUGAAGAUGACAUGCAAGCUUCUUCACAGCUUACUGGUCUUUCCUUCCGGCUUUUGCUUCUCUUUGCAGCAUUCAUGGUCCUCCGGGCAUGCCAUUCCUUCUCAGUACAGGCUUAUGGGUCAAGCAGGGUUCUCAAACAUCAGAGUCACAAGGAAGGCCUGCUGCAAAAAUGUGGCAUGCUGGGCCUCACCCGCAGAGGUUCUAACUGUGGGUCUGAGAUGAGGCCCAAGAUUUGAAUUGAUAACAAGUUACCAGGGGCUGCAGGGGCUUCUCUUCUGGUGACCACUGUGAGAAUUACCAGUGUAACCUAUAAAGCAUGUGAGCCUGGGAGCUCCACUACCUGGGUCCAAAUCCUGCCUCUGCUAUGCACUUCCGGUAUCACUUAACCUCUCCAUACCUCAGUUUACUUACCCAUAAAAGGGGGCUAAUCCUGUAAUCCUUAUAGGCUUUGGAGGAGGAUUAAAUGGGUAGUACCCAGAAAUCUUUCAAACACCGCCUGGUCCAUUGUAUCAGGGACUGUCCGUUGCCACCUCUGUUGAUUGUUAUUUGUAUUAUUAUUUACAUAUUCGGUUGUGAAUGUCUGCCUCCUUCUCUUUAUUGUUUGCAGUUUCCUCAUCUCCCUUCAAGAAUUUAUUUCUUUUCUGAGGAGUGUGUUGCGAACACUGUCCCGGCCCCCGGUCUCCCUGCACCUUUCUUUGUGCCCACGCAAGCCUGCGUGCAUCCUGUCCUAGCAUUUGCCACCCUGCACUCACCUCUUUUCCAAGAGUGGGGCUCAUUUGCUGUACCUACGCAAGGUUUCAUUUUCUUCCAGCUUUAUUGAGGUGUAACUGAAAGAUAAAAUUCUGUAAAUUUAAGGUGUACAACAUGAUGGUUUGAUAUAUGUGUGUAUUAUUAAAUGAUACCCCAAUCAAGUUGGUUAACAUGGAAUUCAAAAAGAAAAUUUUUUUUUAUAAAGUUAGUUAACACUUUCAUCACCCCACCUGGUUACCAUUUUUUAUGUGUGUGAUAGGAGCAUUUAAAAUCUACCUUCUCAGCAAAUUUCAAGUAUACAAUACAGUAUUAACUUAAGUCAUCAUGCUGUACAUUAGAUCUCUAGAACUUACCAACUUAUCUACGUUGUAACUGCAAUGUUGUACCCUUGGACCAAUAUUUCUCCAUUCCCCCACCUACAGCCCCUUGAAACCACCAUUCUUCUGUUUCUCUGAAUUCAAUUGUUUAGAUUCCACAUAUAUGAUCAUAAAUUUGCCUUUCUCUGUUGGCUUACCUCACUUAGCAUAAGACCCUCAAGGUUUGAGGUUGACCCAUGUUGUCACAAAUAUUAGAUUUCCUUCUUUUUAUGGAUAAAUUAUAUUCUAUUAUGUACAUGCACACACACACACACACACACACACGCACCACAGUUUCCUUGUCCAUUCCUAUGCUGAUGGACACUUAGGUUGUUUCCAUGUCUUGGUAAUUGUAAAUACUGCUGCUGUGAGCAUGGGUGUGUGAGAUCUCUUUGAGCUACUGAUCGUGUUUCCUUCAGACAUAUACCUAGAAGUGGGAUUGCUGGAUCCUGUGGUAGUUCUGUUUUUAGUUUUUUGAGGGACUUCCAUACCCUUUUCAGUUUUUAGUCCUUGACUUCCAUCUUGAGUCCCAGCAGCCCAGCAAAGUGUCUAGUACAUCGGUGGGGGUAAAAAAUGCUUCUUAAUUAAAUGAUGGAAUUGCCGUAUGUAACGGAAUUUAUUGAAAAUAUGGCGAAAUGUGUCCAGUCUGGGAAAAGGACUGAAUACCAAGAAAAGGUGGAGAGAAAAGUGUGUGUGUGUGUGUGUGUGUGUGUGUGUAUGUGUGUCCUGAAAGUUUGGGAAUGUUGUAGUAAGGACAGUGGGACUGGAUUCAGGAAUGUGGUCUUGUGGUCUCAGGAACAUCUCAGUGCACCUCACUUAGGAUAAUCUUAGCUGCAAGUAGCAAAAACCCACAACUCAAUGGAUUGAAAGAAGGAUAUUUAUUACAUGUGUAAUAAGAAGUCUGGAGGAAGGAUGACGUUGGUGUUGUCUGAUCCAGUGGUCAACCAUGUCAUCAAGGGCCUGGGUGCAUUCUUUCUGUUCCGUCUCAGGCUUCCCUCUCAUGGUUAUAAAGUGGCUGCAGAAGUUCUAAUCAACACAUUAGAUGGCACAACACCCAGUAGAAGGAAAGAGCCAGGAAAACACUUCCCUGAGCACCCCUGGCAGGGCUCCUUUCACGUCUUAACAACCAGAGGCGGGGUAGAGGCCACCCCAACCUAUCCACUGGCAAGAAGCCUGCACUGUUUUGGCUGGGUAAGGCCUCUGAGCUGGUGCUCUUGGACUCUCAGACCACCUGGAUCUCAUGUGUUUUGCCUGUCAGAUUCAUUGAGAGCUGCAGAAUAGGCUCAACAUCCCACAGGGUCUGCUGCUCCGACUGGGACAAAAGAGUUGAUAAGAAACUAAUGGGCCGGGCACAGUGGCUCACACCUAUAAUCCUAGCACUUUGAGAGGCCCAGGUGGGUGGAUCACGAGGUCAGGAGAUCGAGACCAUCCUGGCCAACGUGGUGAAAUCCCAUCUCUACUAAAACACAAAAAAUUAGCAGGGUGUGGUGAUGCGCGCCUGUAGUCCCAGCACGCAGGAGGCUGAGGCAGAGGAAUCUUUGAACUUAGGAGGUAGAGGUUGCAGUGAGCCAAGAUUGUGCCACUGUAGUCUAGCCUGGGGACAGAGCAAGACUCUGUCUUAAAAAAAGAAACUGAUGGGAGUGACUUCACUGGUGGUGGCAGGUCACUGUCCCAAGUGAACAGAGCUGGAACUCUGCUAGAAAGGAGGAAAGAAUAAAUGGAUGCUGCUUGUCAGCAACAGUGUCUGCCUCAAAGCCCAACCCAGAUAAUCUCAAAUGAAUUGCUUGAAGUCAAAGUGAGGAAUCUUUUCCUCUCUGUUCUAACAGCAGGUCAUGCCCUAACCACAGUUGCCCUUCAGGAUCCUGGCACAGAGCCACCCCGGUCAUCGGGCUGUUUGUCAAGGGUAGGGCAGCAGCAACUUGCCUUCCUCCAUGAGCCCAGACAAAGCCUCCACUGGGCGCUCAGCAGAAGAGAAACCCUGCGGGAGCCAGAGUCCAGCGUGCUGGGAUCCAGCAGGACUGCUGGCAUAAUUCAGCCAAGGUGUGCUGCCUCCUCUCCUGCUAGGCGUGUGGCUGGACACGAGUCUUGCUGAUGGUGGAAUUCAAAUCACCAGUGGCCAAAGUACCCUUCAGGAGUGAAGAGUUGCAGGCGCUCUGAGGAGCCGGGAGCUGCAAGGUUCUGAAAAAGACUUCAAGAAACUGACUAAUCUGGAUGGCCACCCCUGAUGGAAGGGUACUCUCCAGACCCCAGAAACCUGGUCAGGGGUCUGGCCAGAAGCCAAAGGGGAGUGGAGCCUGCCUGCAUCCCCUGGACAGCCUGGAGCAGAGGGAGACUCAGGAGCAGGCGCUGGGCCAGCUAGUCAUGCUGAGGAAGGCACAGGAAUUCUUUCAGACCUGUGAUGUUGAAGGCAAAGGCUUCAUCGCCAGGAGGGACAUGCAGAGGCUGCAUAAGGAGCUACCACUCAGUCUGGAGGAACUGGAGGAUGCGUUUGAUGCCCUGGAUGCUGAUGGCAAUGGCUAUCUGACCCCAGAGGAGUUCACUACUGGAUUUAGUCACUUCUUCUUCAGCCAGAAUAACCCAAGUCAGGAAGAUGCAGGUGAGCAGCUGGCCCAACACCAUGAAGAGCAGGUGUAUCAGUCCAGAGAGGAGGAGGAUCUGGGAGACAUGGAUGAAGACAAGGAAGCCCAGUUCCAGAUGCUGAUGGACAGACUUGGAGCCCAGAAGGUUUUGGAAGAUGAAAGUGAUGUCAAGCAGCUCUGGCUGCAGCUGAAGAAGGAUGAGCCUCAUUUACUCCCCAGCUUUGAAGACUUCCUGACCAGAAUCUUCUCCCAGCUCCAAGAAGCCCAUGAGGAGAAGAAUGAACUGGAGUGUGCCCUGAAAAGGAAAAUAGCGGCUUAUGAUGAAGAAAUCCAGCAUCUCUAUGAGGAGAUGGAACAACAAAUCAAAAACGAGAAGGAGCAGUUUCUUCUGAAGGACACAGAGAGAUUUCAAGCCCGCAGUCAAGAGCUGGAGCAGAAACUGUUACGUAAGGAGCAGGAGCUGGAGCAGCUCACCCAGAAGCAGAAAAGGCUGGAAGGUCAGUGCACAGCCCUGCAUCAUGACAAGCAUGAGACCAAGGCUGAGAAUAACAAGCUGAAACUCACUAACCAGGAGCUGGCCCAGGAGCUGGAGCGGACCUCCCAGGAGCUCCAGGAAGCUCAGCAGCAGCUGGAAAGCCUCCAGCAAGAGGCCUGCAAACUCCACCAGGAGAAGGAGAUGGAAGUGUACCGCGUGACGGAGAGUCUACAGCGCGAGAAGGCCGGGCUCCUCAAGCAGCUGGAUUUCCUGAGGGAAAGGAACAAGCACCUUCGGGAUGAACGGGACAUAUGUUUUCAGAAAGACAAGGCAGCCAAGGCAAACACGGCUGCUUCCAAGGCAAGCUGGAAAAGAAGAUCUGGCUCUGUGAUAGGCAAAUAUGUGGAUGCCAGAGGGAUUCUUAGGAGCCAGUCAGAGGAGGAGGAGGAGGUGUUUGGCAUCCCAAGGAGAUGCUCCCUGGGCCUGAGUGGAUAUCCUCUAACAGAAGAGGAACCAGGAACCGGGGAGACAGGGCCUGGGGGUCCAUACCCCCGGCCACUCCGCAGAAUCAUCUCCAUUGAAGAAGACCCCCUGCCCCAGCUCCUGGAUGGCAACUUUGAGCAACCCCUGAGCAAAUGCCCAGAAGAGGAAGAGGUCUCUGACCAGAGGGUACAGGGAAAAAUCCAGGAGGCCCUUCCCUUGAAACUCACCCCCACAUCUCCCCGAGGGCAGCCUGUUGGAAAAGAAGCCCGGUAUAAGGAGGAAAGCGCUCCCUCUGCCCCUGACCGGCUCUUCAAGAUUGUGUUUGUGGGCAAUUCUGCGGUGGGGAAGACAUCCUUCCUGAAGAGGCUCUGUGAGGACCGGUUCUCCCCAGGCAUAGCGGCCACUGUGGGCAUUGAUUACCGUGUGAAGACGGUGAAUGUGGAUGACUCUCAGGUGGCCCUGCAGCUGUGGGACACGGCUGGGCAGGAGAGGUACCGGUGCAUCACCCAGCAGUUCUUCAGAAAGGCUGACGCUGUCAUCGUCAUGUACGAUCUCACAGCCAAGCAAUCGUUCCUGUCGGUCCGGCGGUGGCUGAGCAGCGUGGAGGAAGCUGUGGGAGACCGGGUUCCUGUCCUUCUGCUGGGUAAUAAGCUUGACAAUGAGCAGGAGCGGGAAGUUCCCCGGGGCCUCGGAGAGCAGCUUGCCAAGGAGAACAAUCUGAUCUUCUAUGAAUGCAGCGCCUACUCUGGUCACAAUACCAAAGAGUCCCUGCUCCAUCUAGCCAGGUUCCUUAAGGAGCAAGAAGACACAGUGAGAGAGGACACCAUUCAGGUCGGCCGCCCUGCUAAGAAGAAAUCCUGCUGUGGCUGAUAGAGUCCUACCAGGACUGCCCCCAGCAAGCCUGAGGUCACAGAGCCUGCCCUGAUCCUGCACACGGCUCCUGCACAGAUGUCGCCCACUGGGGUCUACCCAGUCCUUUUCUUUGUCAGUCACUUGCCUCCCCCAAAAGGAAGGGAAGCACAUCCCAUCAGGAGAGCUGCUCUUUGAGUCUUUCCUCUCUAUUUCUAGACCCCAGAUGCCCAUCCCUUGUUGUUGUUGUUGUUGUUGUGUUUCCCUGACUUAGUUUCCUGGGGGGAAAGAAACAGAUGGGCUUUUCCAGAAAAGCCACCACGUGCCUUCUCCACCCCCCUUCUCCUCCCUUUGCCCUUAGGAGCCUCAGCACUGCUGUUGCCAUGACAACCAUGCAGGGCCUGACUUGUGGCUUCCUGCAGGCCAAAGGUACAGCACUCAGGUGCCUCCAGGGUAGUUAAUCUUGCUUGGCCCCUGUUCUCCAGAGGCCAAAGGGAUGCUCUUACACAUGCUGUGUGGCUCUUGAGAUGCCUGAGUUGUUGGCUGCAGCAAACCAGGGCAGCCACAUUCUAUUCUACCCCUGACCUGGGGGGCUCUGCUCUUUCCCUAAUCCCAAGCUUUGAGCCUUCCCUCUCAGCACCAUGUCCACUGCCUUUGCCGCCUUGGGUUUUCUGGAACAGUGCCUUAUGGAGAACCUACAGCCUCUCCUCCUCACCCCGCACCCACAACCCUGACUCCAGGGUGGACUGUGGGUGAGAAACGAUGCCUGGGGUUAGGGAGUGGGCUGACUUCCUACUUAACUUUGACUGAGAAAUGAAAAGAAAACUAGUGGAAAAAAGCCAUCUGCUGCUGAACAGAGCGACCAUUUCUGGAAGGUAUAAAUGAGGUGUAUACAGCUAUAUAAAAGCCAUUUUCUAAAUGUUUCUCAAAAUAGCUCUUUGAAAAAUCGUACAUGAUGAUUAACAGGGUAGACUGACAAGCAGGCAGUGGGGCCCAGCGCAAGGGCCAUAGUCACUGACUUCAUUUUAUUUUCUUGUACUUUAUUCCAGAACACUGUAUUUUUUUCAGUGUGGCUGUGAUGUUGACAUUUGCUGGUGUUUGAGAAGUGAACAGAAUGUAGCACCCCCGAUUGCAGCAGCACAGGGCACUUCCUGCAGCUGGGUGGUGGCGAGCUCCCAGCCAGCUCUGGCAUCUCUAGCCGGCCAUCACCGCACUCUUGCCCUGAGUGGGAAGUUGAAUGAAAGUUGUUACAAAGAUCACUGCCAAUCACUGGGCCUGCAGACCCAGGCCCCUAUAGGAAAGUGGGUGGUUCACACCCAAGCAGGGCACACAGAGAGGGAGAGGGAGGGGCAGAAAGUGUCCACAGGCUUCCAACAAGAUAGUUGAAGACAAACCCACAUAGCCACAUGGAUGGGAGAAAGGCCACUGGCCAGAGUUCCCAGGGCAUCCCAAUAGCCUCCUCCCAGACUCCCAAAAUAGUCAGAGGCCCCCUGGGCAAGUACCUACCUCUUUUUUGCAGACUCCUCUCUUUCACUGAACACUCGUAGGAACCAGAGAGCCCAUGGAGGGUGCUGAACUAAAAUGAGGAUGGUGUACCAGGAGGUGCUCCAUGAUCCUAUGCAAGCCCGCUCCCUCCCUGGGCUCCCCACGCAGCAGUAAAAUGAAGAGAUGGGCUAUUUGAUGCUUUGAGCUCUUCUUGCUCAGAUGCACAGGAUGACAUAUUUAUUUUUCAUUAUAGGCUGGCCCUGGACCUCAGUCCAAGGUUAGAGAAUUCAUAGGGAACUCCCUUCCACUAAGGAAGGGCAGUGGUGGUGGUCCCAUUAAUAGGAUGUGGAUGAGGCAGGGAGAGGGGAUGCAUGGGUCACCCAAGUGGCCCUACAAUGUGUGUGUGUGUCUGUGUGUGUGUGUAUGUCAACUGCGUAAAGGGAAAGGAAGGCUAGAAGGUCACGGUGGCCAUGGAGAAAGUAAACUCGCUCUUCUGCUUUUGACAAAAAGCAAACAUAGCUAUUGGGAUUUAUGGGGCUAGCAGGCCAUUCCUGGGGUUCCCUAAACCCACAAAUGUCUUUAUUCCUAAUACCUUGCCCCUGGCUUUCUGCUGCAUUCUUCCAUUUAGAAACAGAGCAUGCAAGGUUUAGGGCAGGGAAGGUCUGGCCUUCUAGAAUGUGGAGUAAAUCCCCAUGAUUCUUCAAAGGAGAGAGAAAGGAGUGGGGUGGGGUGGGGGUCUUCAGGCCUCUGCUCCUCUCUUCUCCAACCCGCCCUUUUAAAAAGAGGGAGAAGGCCGAGUGUGGUGGCUCACACCUGUAAUCCCAGCUGAGCCAGAGGAUCAUUUGAGACCAGAAGUUGGACACCAGCUUUAGUAACAUGGCAAGACCCUACCACUACAAAAAAAAAAAAAAAAAAAAAUUGAAUAUUAGCAGAGCAUGGUGGCAUGAGGAGUUUUAGCUACUCAGGAGGCUGAGCCAGGAGGAUUACCUAAGCCCAGGAGUUCGAGGUUACAGUGAGCUAUGAUGGUGCACUCCAGCCUGAAGGACAGAAUGAGAUUCUAUCUAAAAAAAAAAAAAACAAGAGUGUAGGAUUGGGAUUCCAGAGGAACUCUGAGAAGUUCCUUGUCCCCAGCUCUCAGCUCUCCUCCUCCCAUUCCUUUUAAGCCACCAUGUUGAUCAGAGCCACCCUGGGCUGUCACUCUGCCCCAAAGGCUGCCAGAGAAACCUUCUGGCUCUGUCCCAUUCACAUCCUUGUAAUGGCCUUGAGCUAAUCACUUAGCCAGGAUCCACAUUCAUCUGUAGAUUGGAAUUUUCGAUGUCGACCUCACAGGGUCAUUUUAGUAGUAGAUGAGGUAAUAUAUGUAAAGUACCUAGCACAGUACCCAGAAGAGAAGAGGUGUCAAUAAGUAGGGGCUACUUUUGUUGUCAACAUUGAGUUGCUGUCCUGGCCACUUGCCUUGCUUCAGUUUUACAUUUAGAACCAGCAAACAGUUACUAAGCAUCUGCCUGGAACUGGGCACUUUCACAAACAUAACCUCUUUUGGGCAUCUGUUUGCCCAACCCAUUUUCCUGAGUUCUGAGCUCAUAUCUGGCUUGCCUCUUGCUGUUCUUUGUUCCUGUGAGUUUCCCAGCUUCCUGGUUUGUCUAUCAGUGCCCACAACCUUUCAGCACCCAGUCCUCCCUCCCUCUCUGUGGUGCUCUGGGAACCACUCAGAUGGCAGAUCAGACCUGGUCACAGCUCCUGGGUGUUUACUUACGAAUGGUCUUGCUCACUGCCAUCCCCGGCUCUUGCCUGCUCCCCUGUUCUUACACCUUUUGCUUCUGCUGCUGCUGCCCUCAACCCUGAGUUGCCAAAUGAAGAACCUCAUCACCAAACCAAUGCCCCAGUUGCUUUGCUUCUUGUCUAGCAUUUGUUUCACUGCACGCUCCCUGUGUGACCUUUUCUGUUCCCCUGUGAUACCGUAGCUGUCUCCCUGCUCCUCAGCUAGUACUCUUUCUUUCUCUAUUCUUAAUACUUCUGCCUUCUCUGAGAUGUUCCUUCUCCCUGCUUUUCUCCUGGGCCUAGGCCAGGCCUUAACCUGUAUACUCUAUGAAAAAUGGCACAACCAUUUUUCUGUCACUAGUAGUAACUGCUCCAACGGCACUUAAACCAACGUCGGCUAAAUGGAAUUAAAAUGCAAUUGGUGGCUUCCAGGGCCAUAUGUAUAGUUUAAUAAAGAACUGUAAGGGAGGCAAACGUCUAACCUAAAGAAAUGAGUCCCUAGUGAUAGGGCAUUAGCCACUAUAAUGGGUUAUGGGAAUUAAAUAUUUAGGACAAAGCUGCCUUCUCUACUCUCAGAGAUCUCAGUUUGCUUCAUGUCUUUUGGGGCUUUAUUGCUAGGUUCAAAUAUAUUUCUAAUUGUGAUUUCCUCCAGAUGGAUUGACACUUUAUCAUUACAAAGUGUCCUUCUUUGUCUUUGGUAACAAUUUUUGUCUCAAAGUUGGUUUUGUAUGAUGUGAGUGUAGCCACUUCAGCUCUCUUUUUAUUGAUGUUUGCAUUGUAUAUAUUUUACACCCUUUUAAUUUCAAUCUCGUUGUACCUUUAAAUCUAAAGUGAGUCUCUUGGAAACAGCAUAUAGUUAGAUUAUGUUUUUUAAAUCUGUUUUUCCGCUCUCUUAAUUGGAAAGUUUAAUUUAUUUACAUGUAAUGUAAUUAAGAUUCGUCUGCUGCUUCGCUCUUUAUUUUCUAUACAUCAUAUGUCUUUUUAAAUCUUGUGUUUUUUCAUUGCUGCCUUCUUUUAUGUUAAAUAGAUAUUUUCUAGUGUAACAUUUUAAUUCUCUUAUUUCAUUUACUAUAUAGUUUUGAAUUUUUUCUUGGCGGUUGCCCUGGGGAUUGCCAUCAGUGUCUCAAUUUAUAACAAUCUGUUUGUGCUAAUAACAACCUAAUUUCAAGUAAACAAAAAUGUUGCUCUUUAGUGGUACUGUUUUCUCUUCCCUUCUGCUAUGAUUGUCACAAAUUUCAUCUUUAUACGCUCUGCACCCAUCAACAUAUAUUUAUAAUUAUUGUGAAUUUGUCUUUUAUUUAAACCAGAAAGAAAAAAAUUACUAACAAAAAAUAAAAUCAAUCUGUAUUGCUUUACAUCUAACUGCAUGAUUUCUCUUACUAGCACUCUUUAUUUUUUCAUGUUGAUCCACAUUACUAUCUUGACCCUUUUCAUUUCAGCCUGAAGGAUUGCUUUUUUGCCGUUUUUUGUAGGGCAGGCUUGUUAAAGACAAACUCUCUUGUUAGAGAUAAACUUCCUCAGUUUAUCUAGAAAUGUCUUAAUUUAUCCUUCAUUUUUUGAAGGAUAGUUUUGCCAGAUAUAGAAUUUUUGAUUGACAGCUUUUUUUUCUUUCAGUACUUUGUGCCAUCCCACUGUUUCCAGCCUUCCUGGUUUCUGCUGAAACUUAGCUGUUAGUAUGAUUGAGAAACGCUUGCAUUUGAUGAAUUGUUUCUCUCUUUGUGCUUUCAAAAUUCUUUGUCUUUGGCUUUCAGUGGUUUGAUUUUAAUGUGCCCAGCUAUUGAUCUUUGUAAGUUUAUCCCACUUGGAGUUUGUUGAGCUUCUUGAAUGUAUAGAUUAAUAGUUCUCAUGAAAUUGGGGGAGGUUUUGAUGCUUAUUUCUUCAAAUAUUCUUUCUACUUCUUUCUCUCCUUUCAUUCUGGAAUUCCCUUUAUCUGUGUUUGUCAUGCUUGAUGGUGUCUCACAGGUUUCUGAGUCUCUGUUUAUUAUUGCUCAUUAUUUUUUCUUUAUGUUCCUCAGAUUGGGUAAUCUCAAUUGACUGAUCUUUAGGCUCACUAGUUCUUUCUUCCGCCUGUUCAGAUAUGCUGUUGAGCCUGUCUAGUGAAUUUUUCUUUUCCAUUAUUGUACUUUUCAACUCUGGAAUUUCUGUCUGGUUCCUUAUUAUAUUUUCUCUGUGUUAACUGAUAUUCUCUAUUUGGUGAGACAUUGUUCUCAUACUUUAGUUAUUUAGACACGAUUUACUUUAGGUCUUUAAACAUAUUUAAAAUAGCUUAAAGGCUCAAAGAGUUUACAUUAGUAGCCAUCUGCCCUGUGCACAAACCAAGUUCUGCUUGUCAGUCCCUGCCUUCUUCCUCACACUUCACACAACCAGCUAGGGAUCUGGUCUUUUUCUUUAGCUUGACCUCUACCCUACUCUCCAAGGUUUCUCCUUUCUUCUGGAUUGUAAGAGGGUGGAGGCUCUUUGGGUCUGAGAAAGCCUCUCCUCUUCCUGAGCUUCUAGUGCCCUUCUGGAGGUUAUCUGCCCAAGGAGUUACCCACUCUCUUGGGGGAAGUGAAAGGAGGCCAGACAUGCUCAGACAAUCUUCCCUGUCCUUCCAAGAAUUCAGUCAUCCUGCAAAGCUUUACUCAAAAGGGAUUGCGGGGGAAGACUGCAAAUCAGGGCAAAUCUGAAGCUUUUUUUUUUUUUUAAGCCAGCUUAAUUACUUCAAAAUAAUGAAAUUGUGGUACACAUGGGUUUCCAAGUAGCCUGUUGCCACUGGUUGUGAUCCAAGCCUGAGCUUGGCUUCUGGACUGGCCCUAGGAUCACCGCCGCUUCUCCUCCUUUCCUCUGGGGCGCAGAAAGAAGCUGCACAAAUUCCAACAAAGUUUAGUCAAAAGCCAUAGGAUUUUACUGUAUUGGUUAUUCUUUCCCUUCUUAUCUGGCAGGGGAGAGGGUUAACAAGACACAAUCACCUUCUAAACCUCCUUCCCCACUUCCUAACUCACUUGAUGUUUCUAUUAAUAGGCAUGUUAAUUACUAACAACAGCAGUGACAAAGAACAUCAUGACUCCACCUUUUAUACAAUUCAGUGGAGCCGAUUUAAUCAAAGUGCCCUACUUAGGGAGAACAUUGCUAGAAAUGAUGGGGAUUGGGAAACCAUAUGUUGCUUGGCAGAGGACCUGAAAUCAAUGUAGAAACUGAGGAGCUUGGGCAGAGUAUGUCAUUUAUCAUUCUGGGGCGAGGGCUGAGUCAGGUCCAAGAACUGACCCUCUCUCAGAGCUGGGACUUCAUCAAGGCUCUGGCUCUGGUUCAAAAGUGGUACUUGCAGGCCCUUGUCAUAGCACCAGGAGACUCCUCUCCCAGCAAUUGAGGACUCCUAGGACCGGUGAGGCCCAUGCUAUCAUAGUGAAUUAUAAGUGGAUCCAUCUGACGUAUAAAAAUAAAUACCACCCAUAAACAACACUGCAGUGCUAAACAAAAAUGCCUGAAGAACAUAGAAUAAUAGGAUUUUAAAAAAUUAUAAAUAGAAAUGAAAACUUUGGGAAACAUGACUGAAACUGGGAUUCAUCGAGCAUGUGUUGCACUAGGUCAAGGGCAGAGUGUCAGGGUGUGGCCCAACAUCAGGUGCUUGGGCUCCCGAGGCCACUCUGCACUGAAGCAAAUGGCACCAUUCUGUAUGGUGCUUAUUCACACACACUGCCCACAGCGUCCUAAUGAGUUAGAGGCACUGGACCGAGCACCCGAGGGCAGGAGCAUUCAUCCCUGCAGCCACGUGUUUGGUACAGUAUCUGACAAAUAACAUCGGCCUUGUAGGGACAAUGAAGAGCAGAGCAUUCUUUCUCAGGUGCAAGGCCCACCCCCUGGUGAGCUGCUCCACUGGAGCCCCAAGUCCUAGAGGCUAGACAGCUGAGCCCCUGUGGCCUAGGUAGACCUUAGGGGUUUGCCUCACUGGUGCAAAUGAGUUGCUGCUUCUUGCUUUUGAAACAAAAUGUUGGCAUGUUCCAGCUGCUGUGAUUCAAUUGCCUUUCAGACAGUGUGGUGCCCAACAAAGCAUCUGUCUCAACAGCCCGCGGCCUCCCCAGCUGCCAUGAGUACAAUGCAUUACCUGCAGGCAGCGCAGCAACUCAAUUUGACUUGGACUCCACGCCUCUGCACAGAAGAUGCUUCCCUGCCCUGUUCUCCUCCUUCCUGUUGCGAAAGCAGCCUUCCCGGUCCUUACCCAGCUGUGGCUCUCUCAAAUGCUUCCUCUGUCCCCAAAGUCCCUCUCAGAGUAAGGACCUGCACACAAGUUGUGUGGGCCCUGGGCAAAACCUGGAACUGCUUGAUGUUCUGAACCUGCUUUCAAAUCUGCAAAAUAGUGCUCUCUGCCUUACUCCAUCACAGGCUAGUGUGAAGGUCAAAAGGGGACUCCUGGGAAAGAGCUUAGUCGGCUGAAAGGCUCUAAACAAAUGAUAGUUACUACAUUGUCCUCUGUCUCCUCGUGCAAGAGACCGAAAGAAAACAAUAUAUGUAAAAGAGAGAAAAUUCCACACUUCUUGCUAACUGGAAAGGCUGAGGCUAUGGUGAGAGCACCUCCCAUUUCCCUGGGAAAGGAGAAAUGUGGUGACUCAUCCCUAAUCCCAGCACUUUGGGAGGCCGAGGUGGGCAGAUCACAAGGUCAAGAGAUUGAGACCAUCCCGGUCAACAUAGUGAAACCCCGUCUCUACUAAAAAUAUAAAAAGUAGCAGAGCGUGGUGUCACAUGCCUGUAGUCCCAGCUACUUGGGAGGCUGAGGCAGGGGAAUUGCUUGAACCUGGGAGGUGGAGGUUGCGGUGAGCCGAGAUUGCACCACUGCACUCCAGCCUGGGUAACAAGAGAGAAACUCCAUCUCAAAAAAAAAAAAAAAAAAAAAAAAAAAAGCACACAAAA